UGUUUGAUUCAUUUCCCAGCUGAAGGCAAACUUCAUUGUCCUUACAGAUAUUCCUUGUUUCUGUUUUUGAACUGAUUGCGAUGGAUUCAGUGUCUCUAAAACGCCAAACGCAACCAAAAAGUAUAAAAUGAGUGUUGUUAAAUCAAGAUCGGAAACAGAAGCGUUACUGAAGAAGAAUAAGGUGUAUUAUGAGAAUUGUCCAGGGUGUAAGGUUGAUUAUAGAAAAGAUACACAGACAGGGAUACCUUACAAAGAAUUCUUUUUUGUAUGGAUAGUAGUGCUGGGAACUGCUCUACCAAUAUCGUCUCUAUUUCCGUUCCUAUAUUUCAUGAUAAGAGAUUUCCAUAUUGCAAAGAGGGUUGAAGAUAUUGGAUAUUAUGCAGGAUAUGUAGGAAGUGCAUACAUGUUUGGAAGAGCUUUGACAUCUUAUUUUUGGGGAGUCUUUGCUGAUAGAUAUGGUCGAAAACCGGUCAUAGUAUUUGGCACCAUGAUAGUGCUUAUCUUCAACACGUUAUUUGGUCUUAGUACAAAUUUUUGGAUGGCAAUUUCUAUGAGGUUUCUUCUUGGAUGCUUGAAUGGUCUGCUUGGCCCUAUUAAGGCGUAUGCUAUCGAGGUCUGCCGUCAUGACCACCAAGCAUUGGCAUUAUCACUUAUUAGUACAGCAUGGGGAGUGGGAUUGGUUAUUGGUCCAGCUCUUGGGGGAUUUCUUGCACAGCCUGCAGAAAAAUAUCCAAAUUUAUUUCCACAGGGAUCUCUGUUUGCAAGAUUUCCAUACCUCCUACCUUGCCUCUGUAUAUCAGCAUUCUCCGCAAUUGUUCUUGUAGUUUGUUGUUGGCUUCCUGAAACAUUGCAUAAACAUGCUGGAAGUAACGAAGAAUCAUAUGGAAAUGAUGAAAAGGACAUUAUGCAAGAUACUGAUGGGACAGGCUCAGAUUCCAAUGAAAGCCUAUUUAAGAACUGGCCGUUAAUGUCAUCUAUCAUUGUAUAUUGUGUCUUCUCACUACAUGACAUGGCUUAUACAGAGAUAUUCUCACUGUGGGCUGUCAGCCCUAAGCAGUACGGUGGAUUGAGCUUUACAACAGAGAAUGUUGGUGAAAUUCUAUCUAUCUCAGGUUUUGGACUUCUACUGUUUCAACUUACUAUUUAUCCAACGGUCGAGAGAAUUCUAGGACACCUAACGGUAUCUCGCAUUUCAGCGGUUUUAGCCAUACUCUUGUUAUCAUGUUACCCAUCAAUAGCUCAGCUAUCUGGGCUCAGCCUUACAAUAGUACUAAAUUGUGCGUCAAUAUUGAAGAAUGUUUUCUCACUGUCGAUUAUCACUGGGUUAUUCAUCCUACAGAACAAUGCAGUGUCUCAACACCAAAGAGGGGCUGCAAAUGGCAUUUCUAUGACUGGGAUGUCUCUUUUCAAAGCCUUUGGUCCAGCUGGUGGUGGUGCUUUGUUUUCAUGGGGACAAUCGCGAAGGAAUGCUUCGUUUCUUCCAGGCAGUGAGAUGGUUUUCGUUGUCCUAAAUAUGGUUGAAGUGGUAGGAUUACUGAUGACCUUCAAACCAUUUCUUGCACUCCCUCAACAACGUGGAUGAAGUAUUCAAGAAUUACAAAACAUUUAGUUAUAUAAUUCCUCUAGAGGGAAUCCUGGUGCAGCAGAGGGCAGGGAUCAUCUCUCAAAAUGAAGGUUGCGAUGUGGUACAGAUCUCUCAUUUGGCCUUUGAAUAUUACAGAUUAUCUAGCUUACUCAACGGGACACAAUUUUUGGAUAUAAUAUCCUCAGAUGAACUUGGUGUAGUUGAAGCUUUCACCUCUGACAUGAUUCCAUCCGUAGUAUCUGCCGGAUGGAAGAAUUUGGUCUUAACAUAUCGCUAAUUCAGUCCGUUUCAAAAUAUUGUUUUAAGAAGUUUACAACAUCUCAGGAGAAUGUCAUUUUUAGAAGAAUAGAAAAGGUGUUUUCAGCAGACAUAAUAAGUAUUACUCGAAUAGACCAGACAUUCUUACUAGAAUUGAAGUUCCGAACACGUAUUACAGGUUUAAGUAUGUAGGCAAUCAGAAUUGGAAAAUGGUUGUAUGAUCCAAUUUGGAUGUCUGCCUUUUCUAUUACUCAUUUCAUCCUUUCUGCUUUAUCAGCUUUUUGCUUUUGCCUGUUUGACUCUCUAGCUGAGAAUCUGAGAUUAUCCAUCUUUGUAAUUGUAACCUAGCUAUUUGGCUUGUUAAUGAAAAUUAUAUGAUCAUGAUGCCAAUUUUGUUUUUUA